UGCAUUGUAGCUUCCGGUCAGAGUCCCUUUCUAUGGCUCAUUCGCGGUUGUGGCUGCUGUUGCUUUGGUCGGCCGUAGAGGCUAUAUCGGCCGCUGCUAAUUCCCGGCCUUUGUGGCAAUGGGAGGCGAUUGCUCGUUUGCAGCCGGAGGCGGAAGAAGCUCGUCAGGCAACAGCGGUGCGGGAACUCUUGAAGCGGCUUCUGGGCUCGAAGGCAGCUUCUGCCUUCGAUGUAUCCGUGAACCGGUCUUUGGCCGAACCUGACGGUCUCGACACCUACCGGCUGAGCUCGGAGGCGCCGGGCACGAUAAAUGUCUCUGGCUCUAGCGGAGUGGCCGCCGCCUCGGGGAUCUACCAUUACUUGAAGGACUUCUGCGGCUGCCACGUGUCCUGGUCUGGGACGCAGCUCCGACUACCGGAGAGUUUGCCCCCUGUCUCCGCAGAGAUUAUCGUCACCAGCCCCAACAGGUUCCGCUUCUAUCAAAAUGUCUGCACUUACAGCUAUUCCUUUGUGUGGUGGAACUGGGACCGCUGGGAACAGGAGAUUGACUGGAUGGCUCUCCAUGGAAUUAACAUGGCACUGGCAUUCACUGGGCAGGAAGCCAUAUGGCAACGAGUGUAUUUGUCGCUGGGUCUAAAGCAAUCAGAAAUUGAUGAGUACUUCACUGGCCCUGCUUUCUUAGCUUGGAACCGGAUGGGGAAUUUGCACACUUGGGCGGGACCAUUGCCCUUCUCCUGGCAUCAGAAAAAGCUAAAUUUGCAGUACAGAAUUCUAGAGAGAAUGAGGUCUCUGGGUAUGUUGACAGUGCUUCCUGCCUUCUCUGGGCAUGUCCCUCAAGGCAUUCUAAGGGUAUUUCCACAGGUCAAUGCCACACAACUGGGGAACUGGAGCCAUUUUGAUUGCACCUAUUCAUGUACUUACCUCUUAUCACCUGAAGACCCCAUGUUUCAGGUCAUAGGGACUCUCUUUUUAAAGGAGCUUAUCAAAGAAUUUGGUACAGAUCAUGUAUACAGUGCUGACACCUUCAAUGAGAUGCGCCCACUUUCAUCAAAUACCACCUACCUCUCCAAGGCCAGCGCUGCUGUCUUCCGCUCCAUGAAUGGAGUUGACCCCCAUGCCAUGUGGCUGAUGCAAGGUUGGCUUUUCCAACACCAGAGAGACUUCUGGCAACCUGCUCAAGUUAAAGCCCUUCUUCGAGGUGUACCUAUAGGCAGGAUGCUGGUGCUGGACCUCUUCGCUGAAUCUAAGCCUGUCUACCUCUGGACUGAGUCCUUCUAUGGGCAGCCUUUUAUUUGGUGCAUGCUUCACAACUUUGGUGGGAACCACGGCCUUUUUGGCAUGGUGGAGAGCAUCAACCAAGGCCCUUUUGAAGCCAGACGUUUUCUCAACUCUACUAUGAUUGGCAUAGGCCUCACCCCUGAAGGUAUUGAACAAAAUGAUGUGAUAUAUGAACUCAUAACAGAUUUAGGUUGGCUCAAGGAGCCAAUAAAUCUACAACAGUGGGUUGCCACAUACAGUACAGAGCGCUAUGGUGUCAAGAACAUGCAAGUGAUAAAGGCCUGGCAACUGCUAUUCCAGAGUGUCUACAAUUGUUCGGGGCCUUGUGUAAAUCACAACCACAGCCCCCUUGUCCACCGUCCUUCUUUUCGGAUGAACACAGAGGUCUGGUACAAUAAGAGUGAUGUCUAUGAAGCCUGGCAGCUGUUUCAAAAUACUUCUGGUGAACUGGGCAACAGCAGCACCUUCUGCUAUGACCUUGUGGAUGUGGUUCGUCAGGUUCUGCAACAGCUAGUGAGUGAUUACUACUUGGAAAUCAAACAGGCUUUUCAGGAACGUGUUCUGUCACAACUCCUGAUUACUGGUGGUGUUCUAAUCUAUGACCUUCUUCCCGAACUGGACACUCUUCUCUCCAGUGACAGACAUUUUUUGCUGGGAGGAUGGCUGGAAGCUGCCCACAAAAUGGCCACCAGCAAAAAGGAGGAACAGUUGUAUGACUUCAAUGCACGCAACCAAUUAACUCUUUGGGGACCUGAUGGCAACAUUUUGGACUAUGCCAACAAACAAUUAGCAGGGCUGAUGCUAGACUAUUACAGAAUGCGUUGGAAGUUUUUCAUUAUCACUUUGGUGAAAUGCCUCAAUUCUGGAACACCUUUUCACCAAGAUCAAUUUAACCAAGCUGUCAUCAAAGUAGAAAAGAGAUUUAUCUACAAUGAAAAACAGUAUCCAUCAAAACCUAUUGGCAAUACACUAGAGAUAGCUACAAAAAUAUAUCUUAAAUAUUACCCCUCUGCCAUGAAGUACAGUCACUUGAUACCAGUGUGACGGAGACACUCCUUUCUUGGUAUAACUUUUUGGAUCAUCGAUUCUAGCUUUGUACUUGUAUUGGUUUACUUAGUCAAAGCUCACUCUGUUUUUUUUAAUAGAUGUCCCAAUGUCCAAAUAGAAUUGGAACUAUAUGAGAGAAAAGGCCUAGUUUUUAGAAAAAGAUACAUCAGGCUAUGCGCAAAAUCAUGGAAGUAAUACUUCUAUUGGGUAAUAACUGAAUAUAUUUUGUAAUUAUUGGCAAAAAUUCAGCAUAUGAUCUUAGAGUAAAGAUAAAGG